AUGCCCAAGUCGGCUCAAGUUUCCACGGCCGGCAGGCUCAAGUAUGCCGACCCCAAGGACCUCCCCAGCUACCCGUCUGCAGGCCUCAGCGAGAACGGCGCUGCCGCCAGUGCCGCCGCCACCUUAGGAUGGGCCAACCAAAAGUCGCCCGAGCCCUGGCGUCCCGACAAGGCUCCCUCUGCAUCUGCUGCUGCUGCGCUCGCAAAGGAUUAUAAGUCUUCGCCCGCAUGGGAGCCGGCCAACAGCAGCGGCGCUAGCAAAGCUGCUCUCUUGGCCGUCGGCUCCGCCGAUGCCGCUCUCAAGCAACGACCUUCAACCCCAAAGAAGACUGCGCACGACAAUUGGGGCAACUCUGCCGCUACUCAAGCUUUCCACGCUACUCGACCGACUACUGUUGAAGCAUCCAGUGUUGCCGGCGGUAACACCGCUGCCACACAGGCUUUCCAGAGCAACCAGGCCUCCACCAUCGAACCUACCGCGCAAUCUUCGCCCAGCAAGGCAAUUCAGCAGCGCUCACUGGCUGCUGCUAAGGGAGCGAUGGCUUCGUCAAGGCUCGACUCUGGACGCCCCAGCUCUACGCAGAAAGACAACUACACUCUAGAGGCCAGCGCUGCAUCCAGCGCUCUCAACGGUGCUGCCCUCGCCCACCGCAACUCGCUCAUGGCCCACAAGCCCACGAUUGGAGAGGUUGGCGCGGUUCCUAUCACCAACAUGACCCGAAACAUGUUCACCUCUCACCCGCCAGUCAAGCAAGAGACUGAUGAAGAGCGAAUUCACCAGACGGCUGUCGAGAUGGCCAAGAAGAUGUACCAGCAUCAGCAAAAGAUGCUUGAUCAGACCAAGGAUGCUCAGAAGGAAGAAGAGAGCACUCCGUUUGCUGGCACAUACCUCAAUCUUCAGGACGCUGCAUACAAGCAGGCUCAGGAUCGCCUGGCAAAGCUUCAUGACGAGCAUCAGCAGAGCCGUGAAGCGCAAGAGUACUAUGGCAACGCUUCUUCGCCCCGCCGUAAAUUUUCGAUGACCAACAAGCUGCGCCGCCGCGCCGAUAGCGACCCAGACCCCGAUGACAAGGUUCGCUCCGAAAAGAUUCGUCAGGAAAUGUCCAUGUUCUCCACCAAGCUGUCCCAGGUUGACACCGAGAAAAGAACCAAGGACCGCGAGGCCCUUCUCGCUGCUGCUCAGCGCAACGUCAAGGCUCGUUUACAAGGCAUGGACGAGAAGGUCUACAAUGAGACUGGCAAGCGCAACUCGAGCAUGCUUACAGAUUGGGAAUUGAAGGCUCAGCAGGCUGCACAGGCGCGAUCCGAUACGCGUACCGAGAACAAGGGCAAGAUUGAUAUUGGCGGCGGCAAAUUUAUGACCCAGGAAGAAAUCAAUGCAAUUGCCGCCAAGAGGCUUCAGCCUGUUCUGGAUGAUAUCAACGAAAAGGCAGAGACUGAACGCGCACGUCUGGCCACUUUGAAGGCAGAGGAAGAUGCCAGACGUGAGGAGCUGGAGAGAAUCAAGGCUGAGGAACGUGCUGAGAAGGAAGAGGCUAGAAAGGCCAAGGAGCAAGAAAAGGCAGAAGAAAAAGCCAAGCGCGCUGAGGAGAAGCAGGAGGCCAAGGCCAAGAAGGACGAGGAGAAGCUAGAAGCGAAAGCCAAGAAAGAUGAAGAGAAGACCAAAAAGGCGCAAGAGAAGGAAGAGCUCAGGGUCCGCAAGGAACAGGAGAGGGCUGAAAAGGCCGAACAGCUGCGCGUGGCCAAGGAAGAGAAGCGCAGAUCGAAGCUUGGCGGCGCUGCGGCCAUUUCUACGACCGCAGGGGAUGCCGAGGCUGCACCUCAUGACCGUCAAUCUCAUGACACUCAUCCUUCUGCCGCGGCUGAUGAAGACGACGACAGCGACGAUCUUCUGGAUACUGAUGACGAGCAUGAGGCGCACAGAGCUACUGCCGCGGCCACGUCCAGCCACGCUGCUGAGAGCACUGACAGUGUUCCCCGCAAGUCCGUAGAGGGCUCUGCUUCGUCGCAAAAGUCCAAGUCGGGCGUCAAGAGCUGGCUCAAGAAGCGCUUCUCUGUCUCGCACGGCAAGCACGAUACCGCCACCGAAAAGGAUCCUAGCGAGAAGCGCCGCAGCUUCUUUGGCGGCUCACCAAAGACCAAGGCUUCCAACACUAGCAACGCCAGCCUGGAGAACCGUUCGUCCAGCAUUCGUGACGUUGCGCUCGCAGGCAAGAGCGAAAAUCAGGACCCUGUUGAGAAGACUGCCGAGAAGACUGCCGAGAAGACUUCCAAUGAUGUCGAAAGGCUCCCCGCGCUUGAGAUUAAGGAGCCGGAAGCCGAGAAGGCCACGACUUCUGCCAUGGAGGCGACUUCGGUCGCAGAGGCUACAAAAUCAGCCCCUGCGGUGUCGGAGCCUGAAACCACAACUACUGAGCACGCCCUGGAAAAGGCCGACUCGCGUGGCGUGAGCCCUGUGAGCACCCCAUUUGAGGAUGCGGAGGAGCGCAGCCGCACCCUGGAGCUGCCCAAGCCCAUUGACGACGAGGGUCGCCGCAGCAGCAGCAUAGCGCGCGAUUCUCGCUUCAAGGAGGAGAUGUAA